CGUUGUUGAGAAGUGUCCGGGUUUCUCGGAGGCUGCUACCCUCUCGUCAACAUGUCUGCAUCGGAGGUUAAUAAUGGCCCGAGUCAAGCGCCACCUUAUCCAGGUGUACCGCCCUCAGGGAUGCCUCCCCUGUUUAUGGGACCACCUGGAAUACCGCCUCAUUUCCCUCCAAUGGGAAUGCCUAUGGGACAGCGACCUCCCAGCAUGACUCCUAUGCCUCCUGGAAUAAUACCACCGGGUAUAAUGCCACCUAUGGGGGCACCUCCAAUGGGACAGAUGCCAGGCAUGAUGCCACCCAUGAUGCCAGGGAUGAUGAUGCCCCCUCGCAUGCCAGCUGCGGCCGUGCAGCCAACGGGACCGCCGGGUGUUGACUCCACAGCUGCUGCACCCGGAACAGCUGGUACCACAAAUGGAUCUCCACCGGAAGAUCAGCCAAAGAAGAAGUCUCUGUGGACCGAGCACAAAUCUCUUGAUGGCAAAACCUACUUCUACAACACAGAGACCAAGCAGUCCACGUGGGAGAAACCGGAUGAUCUCAAAUCUCCUGCAGAACAAAUGCUGUCUAGAUGCCCUUGGAAGGAGUUCAAGUCCGACACAGGGAAGCCUUAUUAUUACAACUCUCAGACAAAGGAGUCCAGAUGGACCAAACCCAAAGACCUGGAGGAUCUGGAAGCUAUGAUCAAAGCAGAGGAGAAUGGAACGGCAGAGGCGAUGGUCCCCAGCGUCACCACAGCACCUCCUGCAAUGCAGGCAGAUAAUACAGCUGCUAUGGCGACUGUAAUGGAAGUGGAAACUGCUACAGCGGUCCCAGAAGAAAACCUCUCCCAGGCGGCUGUGCAAUUCACAGCUGAGGUCAAGACUGCAGACGCUCCUGUUCCCAUGUCAGAGAGCGCAGCUGCCACAGAGGCCGCAGCCAGUGUUGAAGUCCCAAAGGAAGAACGGCCCGAACUUCAGAAGAAAACCUACAAGUGGAACACAAAAGAAGAGGCCAAGCAGGCCUUCAAAGAGCUGCUGAAGGAGAAGGGUGUGUCCUCAAACUCCUCCUGGGAACAGGCCAUGAAAAUGAUUAUCAACGAUCCUCGCUACAGUGCACUUCCCAAACUGAGUGAGAAGAAGCAGGCGUUUAAUGCUUACAAAGUCCAGACAGAGAAGGAAGAAAAGGAGGAGGCCAGAAUUAAAUACAAGGAGUCCAAAGAAACCUUUCAGAGGUUUUUGGAAAACCACGACAAGAUGACAUCAACCACCAGAUACAAGAAAGCGGAACAGAUGUUUUGUGAGCAGGAGGUGUGGAGCUGCGUUCCAGAGAGAGACAGACUGGAGAUCUAUGAAGAUGUGUUGUUCUACCUCGCAAAGAAAGAGAAGGAACAAGCCAAGCAGCUGAGAAAGAGGAACUGGGAAGCUCUGAAGAACAUCCUGGACAACAUGGCUAACGUCACCUACCGCACCACCUGGUCCGAGGCCCAGCAGUACCUGCUGGAUAACCCCACGUUCGCUGAAGACGAGGAGCUGCAGAAUAUGGACAAGGAGGAUGCCCUCAUCUGUUUUGAGGAGCACAUCCGGGCGCUGGAGAAGGAGGAGGAGGAAGAGAAACAGAAGACUCUUCUCAGGGAGAGGAGACGCCAACGCAAGAACAGAGAGUCAUUCCAGAAAUUCUUGGAUGAGCUCCACGACCAUGGGCAGCUUCACUCCAUGUCUGCCUGGAUGGAGAUGUACCCGACCCUGAGCUCUGACAUCCGCUUUGCCAACAUGCUGGGCCAGCCGGGUUCCACUCCCCUGGAUCUGUUUAAAUUUUACGUGGAAGACUUAAAGGCUCGUUACCACGACGAGAAAAGAAUCAUCAAGGAUAUUCUUAAGGACAAAGGCUUCCUGGUUGAAGUGAACACCAGCUUUGAUGACUUUGGAUCAGUCAUCAGCUCAGAUAAGAGAGCCACCACACUGGACGCAGGAAACAUAAAGCUGGCCUUCAACAGCUUACUGGAGAAGGCUGAAGCCAGAGAGAGGGAGCGAGAAAAGGAGGAGGCCCGGAAAAUGAAAAGGAAAGAAGCAGCCUUCAAGAACAUGCUGAAACAGGCCACGCCACCGCUGGAGCCAGAGACCUCCUGGGAGGGGGUAAGAGAGAGAUUCUUAAAAGAAUCUGCUUUUGAGGACGUGACUCUGGAGUCAGAGAGGAAACGGAUAUUCAAAGAUUUCAUGCACGUCCUGGAGCACGAAUGCCAACAUCAUCACUCCAAGACGAAGAAGCACUCGAAGAAAUCCAAGAAGCACCACAGGAAACGCUCCCGCUCUCGAUCGGGUUCGGAGUCUGAGGAAGACGAAUAUCACAAAAAGAAAAAGAGGUCACAGUCCAAAUCCCCCUCUGAACGCUCCUCCAGUGGAGAAUCUGAGAGAAGCUACAAAAAAUCCAAGAAACACAAGAAGAAGGGCAAGAAGAGGCGCCACAAGUCUGGAUCACCGGAAUCUGAAGUAGAGAAGAAAGGACGAGAGCGCGAUGGGAAGCGCGAAAAAGAUCUAGAGAAAGAUAAAGAGAACGACAAGUCCAGAGGGAAAUCUCACUCCGAGUCUAAACAGAAGUCUCCUAAAAGGAAAGCUGCCAAGGAGGAGGGCGGCUGGGACACGUCAGGUAGUGAACUGAGUGAAGGAGAGCUGGAGAAGAGAAGAAGAACUUUACUAGAACAGCUGGAUGCACCUUGAUGAUCACACUUCUGCUGCCUUUCUGUUGCAUUAGUUCACUUCUGCCAACAUGCAUUCCCCUUCAGGCUCAACUGACUGAGAGAUAACACCCUCCAAUGAUUAUUUAAAGGGAAUAGGCUUCGCUGAACCUGUGAACACACUUAAUGAUAAAUAAUUUGAUAUCAGGAAUAGCUGAUCGAUUGUUAAUGUCAGGUCGUCCUUUUGUGGCUUGUUAUCUCUGAGCAUCUUUUAGUUGACUGUAGUUGUACAUGUUCCCCAUUGCCUCAUUUUUAUAUUCGAUUAAAGUCAUAUCUUAAGGUCUGUCUGUGUCUCUCAACAGGAAAUGAAAACAAACGUUUGCAAUAAUAAUAUUACAGAUUUGAUCAACUCUAACUGCAGCUGUUUUCUUGAAGAAUGAUCCAAAAAGGUUUUAGUUGUUAAAAUUGAUUUACUGGAAUUAAACAAGACAAACAUUUUUUUGUGGAUACCAAAGUAGUUCAGGAGGGUCGAAGGUUUUCUUAAUCUUAUCUGCUCAUCUUUGCUUCAAGUGACAACUUGUCAAAAUUUGAGGAAACUCUAAAGGUUGAAUAAAAAAAUAAAAAACUGCACAAUAUGAUUCAA